AUGAACGAGCGAGAGGCAGACUCGGACACGACGCCGCCACGUAAGCGCAUUGCUGUUGCUUGCACGCGGUGCAGGAAGCGAAAGAUCCGAUGCAGCGGCGAUCCGGGCGACGGCUUACCAUGUCACAAUUGCAAAAAUGCCGGUGCCGAGCCAUGUCAAUUUUUGAGGGUUGCCUCACAAGAAACGACAAUCAUCCAGACCGACCGAGGGUUCGCGUAUGAUAUAGAUACGGCCAGGACAUACCAGGUCAGAGGGAUCAUUCCCUCAGCCUUCCCGCCACAGUACCCUCCAGAUCUGCAGGAUGGUCUCGCCCGGUUUCCUUCGCCGUCAGCCAGCUACAACUCGACGGCGCGAUACCAGGGCAUGCCAAGCUGGACGUCGGCAUACUGUGACGAGACUGCCGACUUCUCGAACAUGGGUUACCACCCAUCUUACUAUAGCCAGGACCCAGCGUACCUGUACAGGAUGGCCUCGGCCACGGAACGAACCGAGCCAAGCAGCUUGUUGUACGGAGAUGUCGGCGCCAACUACAACUACGGGCAGCGUCCUGUCACGGGCAGCGACUCGCCCAACUUUUCCCUCAGCAGUGUGGCGGCUUCAUUGCCGAGUUCGAACGAUAGUAGGUUACUUCCCACGCCGGUCAACAGGACCCUGGCCAGCUCUGGUGCGUCGAUCUACCGCGCGGAUGAGACAUCACCUUACAGCUAUAAGGCGCAGAACGGGACGGCAACGCUUUCUUCUCCUGUCGUCAGUCUUUCUGAGGACUCGGGGGGCUACCUCAGCUGCGAGAGCUCGCCGGCGCCAGCAUAUCAGGCCUCGUCCGGGCCUCCCUCGGCCAACGGCAGCGCCAGCAGCACAAGCAGCGCCAGCAAUCGCAUGUCCAUGUCCAUGUGCUGCGGCACGGACGGCUACUCGACCUCCUCGUCCAUCUUCUCGAACUCGGAGCUGCGCGCGCCAGGUUCGGGCAGCGAUUCCUCCUAUGACUACGGCGACACACUGCGCAGGAGCAGCGGCACGCCGCUUCUCUCCAACGGCCAGCCGUACAAGGUACCGCAGCAGCCCACGCCAUCCAUGCCCUCCCACCGUUCGGCCACGCACAGCCAUCACGAUCACCAUUCGGCCCUCUCGGCCGCAGCUUAUCUGCUGUCCGGCCUCAGCGACCCUGGUACCGCCGGCGGACCUGGGACAGACAUCUCGGGAGCUACUGCAGUAGGCGGUGGGGGUAACGUUGGCAGCGGCAGCAGUGCCAUGGGACAUGCCGAUGUACAGACCCGGGUUCCUGUCGGCAGCCUGCCUGCAGCCUAG